GGACAUCUUUUAUUAUGGCCCAGACUAACAAGUUUGAGAACGGCUACAGUACAGGUUACACGAGCGGCUACAGUACAGGUUACACGAGCGGCUACAGUACAGGUUACACGAGCGGCUACAGUACAGGUUACACGAGCGGCUACAGUACAGGUUACACGAGCGGCUACAGUACAGGUUACACGAGCGGCUACAGUACAGGUUACACGAGCGGCUACAGUACAGGUUACACGAGCGGCUACAGUACAGGUUACACGAGCGGCUACAGUACAGGUUACACGAGCGGCUACAGUACAGGUUACACGAGUUACACGAGCGGCUACAGUACAGGUUACACGAGCGGCUACAGUACAGGUUACACGAGCGGCUACAGUACAGGUUACACGAGCGGCUACAGUACAGGUUACACGAGCGGCUACAGUACAGGUUACACGAGCGGCUACAGUACAGGUUACACGAGCGGCUACAGUACAGGUUACACGAGCGGCUACAGUACAGGUUACACGAGCAGCUGUCGAGUGAUUAGAAAACUGUGGCCAGUCGUGUUUAUCCUUACAUACUCUCUGUUCUGUAGGCCAACCUAA